AUGCAAUCAUCCAACUCAAACUCACCCUUAUCCUCACUCGAGCCAGGGCCUAAGUCUAACUUGCCAAAACGUAAGUUUGAGUAUCAGUCCGAGUCUAAACCUGCACCUUUCAACAAGUUCUUUUUGGACUGGCUCCAGGUCCAGGAGCGGGACCUGGAGGAGCUCAAGUCCAUGGUCAAAACCCACUCCGAGUCGACUCGGCAACUCCAAGAACUCGUCGACCGAGUCAUGACCCACUACGAUGAGUUCUACCGGGCUCGGUCCGAGUCGAUCAAGGAGAACGUCCUCCUUGUCUUAAACCCCGAUUGGCUAUCCAAACUCGAGGACGCCUUCCUUUGGCUUGGAGGGUGGCGGCCCACCACGGCCGUACACUUGCUCUACUCCAAGGCCGGGCUUCAGUUCGAGGCCCGACUCAGUGAGUUACUGAGUGGGGUCAACUCGGACGAUCUCAGCAACCUCUCACCGAGUCAACUCGUCCGAGUUGACGAGUUACAAAGACAGACCAUUCACCAAGAGAGGAAGUUGACCGAGAUUCUAGCUUCACACCAAGAAACAAUGGCUGACUCAUCCAUGGUUGAGCUCUCUGAGAACUACACCGAGUUAAAGCGGGAUGCUGAGUCAGCAGCUCGGAAGUCUGACCGAGUUGACUCAGUAAAAGAUCGAGUUGACUCGGCUCUAGCACCAAAGGAGCACGGAUUAGAAGAUAUUUUGAGGAAGGCGGAUGAUCUACGGCUGAAAACGCUUAAAAGUGUGGUUGACAUUUUGACUCCAAUCCAAGCCGUUCAUUUCUUGAUUGCUGAUACUCAACUUCAUCUAAGGGUCCAUGAGUGGGGUAAGUUAAAAGAUGAAGAUGCAAAGAGUUCGAAAGAGGCCCGUGGUUUUGUUGGGCCUGGUGGGCCUCAGCCCAGCCCAUAA